UCUAAUCCCCAAUCGCAAUUGAAUUCGAAACAUAAAAUUUCAAAGUCUAGCAAAUUUGCAUUGAGAAGAUGUCAGGUCGUGGAAAAGGUGGAAAAGGUUUGGGAAAGGGAGGCGCUAAGAGGCACAGGAAAGUGCUUCGGGAUAACAUUCAGGGCAUAACCAAGCCUGCAAUUCGUAGAUUGGCAAGAAGAGGUGGCGUUAAGAGGAUCAGCGGUUUGAUUUAUGAGGAAACUAGAGGUGUUCUCAAAAUUUUCUUGGAGAAUGUGAUUCGUGAUGCUGUUACCUACACCGAGCAUGCUAGGAGGAAAACGGUUACUGCUAUGGAUGUUGUUUACGCCCUCAAACGACAGGGAAGGACUCUCUACGGUUUCGGAGGCUGAAUAUUGCUAACUUCUAUUGAAUUGUACUUUAGAGUUCAUCUUACUGUUUUGUUGAUUUGAUGGCAUGCUUAUGUUCACUGAUAGCUGUAAAGUAUGCUUGCAUAUUCUGUGCAACUUCAAUUGAAAUCAAUCGAUGAAAUAUUGUAUUCUGGUUCGUGUUA